AUGCAGGCGCCGACUGCUUCAAAGGCUGCGCCAGCGAAAAUGAUCUGGCCUCCAGAGUUAAAAACCUAUGUGCAGCGUGCUCUCGCUGAAGAGUUCCAAGUCCGCGGAGUCACGACAAUCGAGGUGAAUGAGCAGUUGAAGAAGACCAUCGGCUACUUCGCCGAGCGAGCCAUGCUCUUCGAGUUGGAUUGGGAUAACUACCCACUGCCCCAGGACAUUAUCGUUGCGGAACGCGCAAAGCUUGCAGAACAGGCUGCUGCCAACGCGGCAUUUACUAACAACUCAUCCUCGCCAACUUCCACAAAGCGCAAGGCACACGACACAGUAGAGUCACAAUCGCCGACAAAGACAUCAACCCCUCCGUGGCAGAAGACUAACCUCGCGGAUCGUGUCACUUUCGGCAAUGGACAAAAAGAAAAGCGACCUAAGCAAGACGAUGCUACUUCCAGUAAGUCAGACCUGGAAAAGCGCAGGAAGCGUUUCCAACUUGGUACCUCUGGCAAGACGAAGACGACUACUCCCCCGUGGAACACGCAAAACGGCCCUGACUCCGAUCUCUCCUCCGGACCCGUUGUUGGCACGAACCAAAAUCUCGAGAAGAGUUACUUCCGCUUGACAGCGCCGCCCAAAGCAGAGACCGUACGCCCACAGCCUGUCUUGGAACGAACGCUUGACAUGCUUCGCAAGAAAUGGAAAGGUGAAGAGAAAAAUUACAAUUACAUCUGUAACCAGUUCAAGUCGUUGCGCCAAGAUUUGACUGUUCAGCAUAUCAAGAAUUCCUUCACCGUCAAGGUAUACGAAAUGCACGCUCGAAUCGCAUUGGAAAAGGGGGACUUGGGUGAGUAUAAUCAAUGUCAGACGCAAUUGCGCGUUCUGUACAUGCAAAAGUUGGGCGGACAUCCUGCCGAAUUCCUGGCGUACAGGAUCCUCUACUUUGUAUACACAUGCAACAAGGCCGACAUGAACGACUUAUUGGCCGAACUAACAAACGCAGACAAGAACCAAGAUGCAGUACGACACGCCCUUGAUGUGCGCUCCGCGCUUGCUCUUGGCAACUAUCACAAAUUCUUCAGACUUUACCUCGAAGCCCCAAACAUGGGCGCUUACCUGAUGGACAUGUUCAUCGUGCGUGAGCGCCUUGCAGCUCUCGCUAAUAUUUCCAGAGCUUACAUGUCCAUUGCACUUCGCUUUCUCACGGAUGAGCUGGGUUUCGAGAAUGACCGCGAGUGCUGCGCAUUCCUCGAGGCUCACAAUGCCCAAAACAUGAUCGAAGAGAAAGUUAACGACAACGGCACCCAGCUUCGCGUGAACUUCAAGGGUGCGGCACCUCACUUUGAGGCCCUCCGUGCUGCAGCAUUUUCGAAAGUAGACAUUAAAGGUCAGAUAUGA